GAAGCCGAUGCAGCUCCUUCAUCAAUCCCACGACGCUGGUUCACCGACACACGCAGUUUUUCUUUUUGUCAGACAAACGACUGCUUUUUUUUUCUUUUCUUUUUUUUUUCUCUUCUGUCUCUUGUUUUGUAUAUGCCACGCAGGCUGAGACACUCGAUUUUGCGCCACAGACUCGGAAACGCUUAAAACAAACAAACACCAAGCGAGAGAAGCAAGAUGGCUCUGCAUAUGAAGUCGGGCGGCAUUGGCGCUGCCGCGUUUCAGGGACAACAGCAGCAGGAUCGGGCUCUAUCACGAGACAAAGCUCCGCCAAAACGUGCAUCCACCGCAAAGCCGCUCCAGUUCGUCACCGUCACCUCCACCAAGCAAAAGAACCGCAAGGAUGUCUCCAAGGUCGUCCGCACCCAGGCCAUGCGCGACUAUUUCUGGAAGCAGCGCAACCCCGACAGCUCUGAAGCCGCCGCCAGCGAUCUGCCCAUGGACCCGUCGCAGUACAAGGGCCGCUUCCGCCUCAACUCGCCGCCCAACGCCGCAAAGGCAAAGGCCAAGGCCGCGGCCAAGAAGGAUAAGACGCGCGCAAAAAAGGCCAACCAGGUCGCCAGAGUGCAAAAGGGGCGCAUCGGCGCGGCGAGAGACCGAGGGCCGCUGCUCGACAUUCGCUUCUACCUCACCGACGGCCUCUUGGAGAAGAUCCCCCCGAGCAUGCUGGGCGCGACGCUGGAUCCCUUUGACUCGUUCAACCUGGAUAUGAAGCCCGAGGCCUUGAAGCUCAUCUGGUACUAUAAGCAAAGUUACGUCAAAGAAUUCCUCGAGCUCAACGUCGGCGGUGGCUAUACCCUGUUUGAUGCCAGGGAAAACUGCGCUCUCUUUCACGCCAUCUUGUAUCUGGUGGCCCUCGACUACGUUCUCCGUCGCGGCUUCGAAGAUGACUUGGGGUGCCUGUACCACUCAUCAGAGGCUUUCCGCCUCAUCAACAACCAGAUUCGGAGUGGCAAGAUUGAAGACUCGACAAUUGCCGCUGUGGCAAUGAUUUCCACCAAGGAGAACCUUGCCGGCAUGUUUGACAUUUCAUAUAUCCACAUGCAGGGCCUCAAAGACAUGGUUCAAAAGCGUGGUGGCAUAGACAGCAUCAGGGGCAUACACCGAGGAGUAGUUCUGUGGGCCGAUUUCUUCAAUUCAACAGUCUUCAACUGCGCGCCGCAGUUUCCCACAAACUUCUCCCCCGUCAUCGAAGAACCACCGAUUACACCCCCUGAAUCUAAUCCUCUAAGCUCGCCUUUAGAAACCAUUCUCAACGAUGAACUUCCGGUCCUCUUAAUCAUCCAGUCACUCCGCGAUGUGUCUGAGGAGAAAGAAAAUUACCGCUCCAUUACCCAAAACAACAAGGAAAUAAACAACCGAAUUUAUGAUAUUGAAUACAAGCUUCAUUGCUUGCAGAGAAAUAAUCACGAACACGGCACUAGCUGUGGAAAGAUGAUUCCAUUUUGUGUCGCGCUAAACAUCUAUCUCUACCUAGCAAUACGAGAGCUUCCUGUCAGAUCCAAGUUGAUGAUGAUGUUGAUAGAUCGCCUGCAAGAGACUUUCAAUACGGAGCCUAUGCAGUGGUGGAUCUCCAAUCAGCAGCAAAAGAACCGGAUAUUGUGGAUGUUAUUCAUCGGAUAUGCCGCUGGCGUGGACACUUACAAAGAUGCAUGGUUUUUUAUAACUAUAAAAACCAUGUGCAAAAACUACAAGAUUCACGACAUGGACCAGCUCAAACAAAACUUGAAGGAUGUCCUAUGGCUGGACUCUUGGUGUGAUCAGUACUUUGACAAGUUGAAAGUCGCCUUGGAAGCUCCAAAAGUCGAACCAUAGACUGGUAAGUUGAGGCCAUCAACUUCUGAAUCUCUAGUAUCAUGACGGGAGUUUUGCCUUUUGUGCUCUUUCUUUCUGCUCUUUCUUCUUCUCUUUUUACACUAGAGUAUUUGUUUGUCUGUCUAUUAGCAGUGCGUUCAGGCUGAUGAUUUGUGUAAGCAUGGGUUGACAAUUUUUUGGGCAUAGCGCUUGUACUACAUUUCCAAGUUUGUAUUUCACAUUUAUCGCUGAUAACACAGAUUGAAUGUACUAUACUAUCCGUUCCGUCUCUAUUUUCUUGAUACCCAGCCACUAUUCUGAUGAAGAAAGGAUACCGUUGUUGUAGGCUUCG